CCCCCCCCCCCUCCACACACACACACAUACGAACGCACUCAGAACCACACACACACACACACACGGAUCCAAACGCGCGGCAGGACCACAACACGAGCCAGACUCAGUGAGAGAAGCUGACAGUUGGUGAACACUCUCGCUCGCUCCUAGAAUUUUUUUUUCUCUCACAACUAAGAAGGAUUUUACGUGUAACGAGCUUAACGGCGCCGUCGAAGGACCCUUUGUUCGGAUAAGAGACAAGAGAAUAACAGCCAGAUAAAGGGAUCAUUUGGUUCAGUGAUGGCAGACGCAUUCGGUUUACUCACGUCAGCCAGUGAAUACGGCGGUUACGGGGCAGCAGAUGGAUACGGGUACGAGAGCUCCAUCGACUGCAACUCGGCCCUCGGUCUCAUCGGCCUCCUGGGUCUGAUCGAGCUGCUCAGGGACAUCAUAGACGACAUAACGACCAAGCGCCGAAGGAGAUCGGCGGCCGACGACGGCCCGUUCGGCUUUUUGCUGAGUUCCUUGGGGAGCGCCGUCGGAGGCCCCCCGCGCCUCCUGCAGGCGGUGCCGACGGUCGUCCUGCCGCUCGUGCAAAGCCUGGUGGACGUGAACGACGGCCUGGAGGAGGCGCCCUGCCUGGAGCGCGCCAUGUGCGAGGCGAACCGCGCUCUCCUGCAGGAGGCGUCGCGGGGCAACUGGGUGGACGAGGCCGCAGGAGGCUUGGUGGCGUCCCUGCUCAGCCAGGUCCUGAGCAAGUCCUUCAGCGAUUACAACCCCGAGACAUACAAGCAGGCGCUGAGGGCGGCGGAGGCGGGGAGGAAGGAGGGAGCGGACUGCGCCAGGCUGUUCCCGGGAUGCGCGGAGCUCAGCGAAGGACACAGCCCCAUGCAGGACAGAAACUUCACGCGGGUCCUGCGCGCGAGGGCCGGGGGGGCGUCCUAG